CGGAGCAGGGGCCACCCGAGCCUUAGCAGCCGCCGCUUUCUCGGCCGCCGGGAGACACAAAGGCUGCGGCUCUCGCCCCGGAGCCGGGCGAGGCGAGUGGAGCAGCUCCGGGCCCCCCGUUCCGUCCCGCCGGGGCCCCCCUUGGAGAGCCAUGUCCUGCCUGGAUUACCUCGCUGCCGAGUGCCUGGUGUCCAUCUCCAGCGGGGCUCUGAUCCACCCCGCCGCCGCCUCCAGCCUCCCCAGCCCCGAUCCCGCUAGCAGCGAGGACCGGGAGGUGCGGGACACCCUCCGGGGCGCAGCCCCGGCGGCGGGCGGCUGCAGGGCGCGCCCCGGUUCGGCGCACUCGGAGAGCAGCAACUCGUCCUCGUCGGCCGGAGGGGGGGACCUGGAGAGCGGCUACACCACCCUGUCCGACGGGGGCGGCGGACCCCAGCGCGCCCCGCUGCCCGGCCACAGCCCCAGCCUCUCCUCCCCGGGCAAGCGGCACCGCUGUCACUUCCAGGGCUGCUGCAAAGUUUAUGGCAAAUCGUCCCACCUGAAGGCGCAUCUGAGGACGCACACAGGUGAGAGGCCGUUCCCGUGCACCUGGCCCGACUGCUCCAAGAAGUUUGCGCGCUCGGACGAGCUGGCCCGGCACUACCGCACCCACACCGGGGAGAAGAAGUUCGCCUGCCCGCUCUGUGAGAAACGCUUCAUGCGCAGCGACCACCUCACCAAGCAUGCCCGCCGCCAUCCCGCCUUCCACCCCUCCAUGGUCAAGCGGCUGGGCUGCCCCAGCGACUCCGCGCCCGGCAGCCUGGCGGGGAGCCCCGUCGCCAGCCCUGCCCCCAGCCCGGCCAAGUUCCUGUAGGGGCUGGCGCUGCUCCGAGCGGGGACCAUGUGGCACGGACCCCAAAAGGUGCCGCCUGGCCCAGGCCGGCCCGGGAAGCCACCGAGAGUGCCCGGUGUCAAGGCUGCCCUUGGAUCUGUGGGGCGAGCGAACCGUCUGCUCCUCCCUGACGGGGUCCUGCUCACGGGGACCUUCCGCUCCAUGUUCUGGGUGUCUUCGAGCAGCAGCCUCUCCCUACCUGGCUUCGUGGUGACGUCCAGCAUCCCCCACCCCUGGCCUGCGUGGCACAGCGGUCGGGCGUCCAGUCCCGCGGGCCGUGCUGCUCCCCCUGGGCGGCUGUGGAAGGAGCUGGGCGGGGGGAAGGCUACGACCUUGCCCUGGCUGCCGGCAGCCCCUCUCCUGGGCAGGCUCCCGCAUGGCGGUGAGAGGUGGCACCUCUCCGGGAACCCCCAGCUACCACGAUGCCAGACUCUACCGGCUCGACUCGUGCGGGGCUUUUUCGCCCUGGAGAUGCUGAGGGACAAAUCAAGGCCCUUGCCUCCUCUCUGGUUUACCCUCCUGGUGCUGGUGCAACGACACUUCCCCAGCAGGGGGCACCCUAGGGAUGGUUCCAACUUGCACCCUGGGGACCCCUUGACGAAGGCAGCUUAAACCAGGCCAGUUCUGCCUCCCGUCCCCAGAGGCCAUGACUGCGUUGCUCUUGGGACAGAAGGCUGCUCAGGGAGGAGAUGGCCGGUGGCUGAAGUCCCCUGCGUCUCCCACUUCCCCUCCCCUCUCCUUCUGGAAACCAGGACCUGCUCCCCUGAAAUUCUCCCCUCUCCCUCCAGGGGAAGCCCAGCAUAGAUAUAGAUCUAUCCCUCCCCCAGAGGGGAAUUCUGAAUAUUUAUUUAUACAGACUAACGCGCCUCCGGCUGCAACCUUCGGAGGUCUUUGCAAGUCGUGGGUAUCUGGCCAGUGGACACAGACUGACUGGCACUGGGCUGCCGUGGGCGGGGGGGAUGUACCUUUCGAGUGACUCUCCGUCCAGCCCCUGCCAUGGGAUGGGGCUGGGCU